AUGCGGCACAUCUUUGUCUCCUUAAAACAUCUGCAAGUGGAUUACCAGGCACUCGCAUUACAAAGAGCCACGCCCUUUCUGGAUUCAGUCUCCAACACUGCAGGCACAGUGUCCCAGGUAAACAGGAAGGCUUUCCCUCUCCCUGUGCUCCGCAGUCCCGAGGCACUGGGGGACUGGGAAGGCUACACACUUCAAACCUGGCUGGUUCUUUGUUGUCUAGUAUUCUGUCAUCCGUCCUUUUACAACGACACUGACUUCUUGGGAGAAGAACUGGACAUCGUCGAUGUGAAAGGUCGAGAAACCUGCCAGAAAAUGUGCACCGAUGCUGCCCGCUGCCAGUUCUUUACCUAUUAUCCACCUCGAGGAUCUUGCAAUGAGAGGAAGGGCAGAUGUUACUUAAAGCUUUCUUCAAAUGGAUCCCCAACUAGAAUACUUCAUGGGAGGGGAGGCAUCUCGGGAUACUCACUGCGGCUGUGCAAAAUGGAUAAUGUGUGCACAACCAAAAUCAAGCCUAGGGUGGUCGGAGGUGCUGCGUCUGUUCACGGUGAGUGGCCAUGGCAGGUGACCCUGCACACCAGCCAGGGCCACCUGUGUGGAGGCUCCAUCAUUGGAGACCAGUGGAUACUGACAGCGGCUCAUUGUUUCUCUGGGAUAGAGACACCUAAACAUCUGCGUGUCUAUGGUGGCAUUGUAAAUCAAUCUGAAAUAAAUGAAGGUACUGCUUUCUUCCGGGUUCAAGAAAUGAUAAUUCAUGAUCAAUAUACGAUGGCAGAAAGUGGGUAUGAUAUUGCCCUGUUAAAGCUGGAACCAGCCAUGAAUUACACAGAUUUUCAGCGGCCAAUAUGCCUGCCUUCCAAAGGAGAUAGAAACGUAGUGCACACAGAAUGCUGGGUGACUGGAUGGGGAUACACAGGAUUAAGAGAUGAGGUACAAAGUUCUCUCCAGAAAGCCAAGGUACCAUUGGUGUCAAGUGAAGAAUGUCAGACAAGAUACAGAAGGCAUAAAAUAACCAACAAGAUGAUCUGUGCGGGCUCCAAAGAAGGAGGGAAGGAUACAUGCAAGGGAGAUUCUGGAGGGCCCCUGUCCUGCAAACACAAUGGGGUCUGGCACUUGGUGGGCAUCACAAGCUGGGGUGAAGGCUGCGGUCAGAAGGAGAGGCCGGGGGUCUACACCAACGUGGUCAAGUAUGUGGACUGGAUUUUGGAGAAAACUCAAACAGUAUGAAAGAGUUCAACAGGCAUCACUUCGUGGCCCUGGAAGAUUGUUCCAUAAAAGCGAGCUCGAUGUCUCUGAUAAGGGCACUGGGAUACUGUAUCUUCUGCUGUAACCAACUGAAGGAGCUUGAUGGAAGAACACCCUGAAGGAAAACUAUUACUUUCAGAAUUCCUGAUCUGUGAGAAUCACAGGUUAUUUUCUGCAUCCAGCUACUACUCAAGGAAACAAAUACAGCACAGGAGAUUUUACAAAUAAAAACACAGCGGAUAAACGAGGGAAGUAUCAA